CAGCGCCCCGGCCCGGCCCCCGGAACUCGGUACUGCCGGGCCCGCCCGAAAGCACUGGGGCCUUCCGGCCGCAGUGCCAGCGGUGACAUGGCGUUACUGGGCCGCGUGUUUUUUGCUCGGGUGUCUCAGCUGCCUUGUGGCCUCGGCCCUCGGCGGUUUUUCAGUUAUGGAACAAAAAUAUUGUAUCAAAACAUGGAAGCUUCACGUUCAAAAUUCUUUCCACCCCUUCAAAAAGUGAUGCUGCCACCUAAUAGCUUUCAAGGAAAAGUUGCAUUUAUUACUGGAGGAGGUACUGGCCUUGGCAAAGCCAUGACAACUUUUCUGUCUAGCCUGGGUGCUCAGUGUGUGAUAGCCAGCCGGAAGAUUGAUGUUUUGAAAGCUACUGCAGAACAAAUUUCUUCUCAAACUGGAAAUAAGGUUUAUGCAAUUCAGUGUGAUGUGAGGGAUCCUGAUAUGGUUCAGAACACUGUGUUGGAACUGAUCAAAAUCGUAGGACUUCCUGAUGUCGUGAUAAACAAUGCAGCAGGAAAUUUUAUUUCCCCUACUGAAAGACUCUCUCCCAAUGCUUGGAAGACCAUAACAGACAUAGUUCUAAAUGGCACAGCCUAUGUGACACUUGAAAUUGGAAAACAGCUUAUUAAAGCACAGAAAGGAGCAGCAUUUCUUGCCAUUACAACCAUUUAUGCUGAGUCUGGAUCAGGUUUUGUAGUACCAAGUGCUUCUUCCAAAGCAGGUGUGGAAGCCAUGAACAAAUCCCUUGCAGCUGAAUGGGGUAAUUAUGGAAUGCGAUUCAAUGUAAUUCAGCCUGGGCCUAUAAAAACCAAAGGUGCCUUUAGCCGUUUGGACCCAACUGGGACAUUUGAGAAACAUAUGAUUGACAGAAUUCCCUGUGGACGGCUAGGGACCAUGGAAGAACUUGCAAACCUUGCUGUUUUUCUUUGUAGUGAUUAUGCUUCUUGGAUUAAUGGAGCAACUAUUAGAUUUGAUGGUGGAGAAGAAGUAUUUAUGUCGGGUGAAUUCAACAACCUAAGGAAGGUCACCAAGGAGGAGUGGGACAUGAUAGAGGGACUCAUCCGGAAGACUAAGGGCUCCUAAAACCACUCUGGCCUUCAUCUUGGGUGCAGUAAAAUUUAGACUACAAAUGAUAUAAAUUGACUGUCAUCUUUCAAAUAUUUUCAAGUCUAAUAAAUUGUUAAUUAAUAAGCAUUUGCUGAGAGUAUAUCAUGAUAGUACCUGGCGAUUGGACACUAUUAUAUAUUUGAAGAUGAAUAAGAUAGGAUAUCACCUGUUCAAUUUUCUUUCUUUUCUUUUCUUUUUUUUUAAUAGGAAUGAGAGUAGAGAAAGGCUUACAGGUAAAAAGUGCUUAAAAGUGAAGAGUGAGGCAUCAAUAGUUGUGAUCUGGGAAGUCAGGGGAAACCUGAUGGUGAGAGUAGUAUGUAAGUGCAUAUUACACUAUGCUUAUUGUGCUGGGGCCUAAAAGAAAGAAAUCUACACAAAAUUCAAUGGAUUCUGCCUUUCCGAUAAUUUCUUUUUCAUUAGACUUGUGAAUAUCUUUUUAAAAAUUUGUUCUUUUUGGUUAUACAUGACAAUAGAAUAUAUUUUGACAUAUUAUCCAUCCAUGGAGUGUAACUUUCCAUUCAUGUGGUUGUACAUGAUGUGGAGUUACACUGGUCCUGUAUUCACAUAUAAACGUAGAAGUUAUGUCCAAUUCAUUCUACUGUCUUUCCUAUCCCCAGCCCUUGCCCUCUUGAAACUUUAUUAUCUAGCAGGAUAGACAGACAUAUAAACAAUUAGGCAUGAUACAUUAUUCCAGUAGUAUUAAAGUGUGGAGGAAAAAGUUAUUCUUUAUGUUUCUGAAGUUCAAAGAAAGUGGCUCCCAUGAGACAGCAUUCCAUCUCAGCCUUAAAGAAUCUAGAUUUUUGGGGAUAGAGAGGAUAAAUAAAGCUUAAAAAAUAUUGUUUGUGCAUAAUUUCAUAGUUGUGUUGACUAAUUUAUAAUUCUGAGAAUCAAAUAAUAAGAAAACCAAAGACUCAAGUCUACAGUUACAAUUUUGAGCCUAUAUUUUUAAAAAGGCCAUUUGCUUUCAUGGAAAUCACUGAUAACAUGUUCACUAGACUGAGUAUUCCUGUUGCCCAAAUUGCCAAGAUAGGUGACUAGCUUCUAUCUUACCUUAUCUGACUAGGUCCAUGGAAGAAUUCAGUUUUCCUAUUUGAAUUAUAUGCUAUAUGCCCUCAUGACAACCUUUUUACUAUGACAGUUAUGUAUCAAUUACAUUUAUUUUGUUUUAUUGGAUAUAUUCAGGAUAAUGUUAUAGAUUUGGAAUAAAUGACCUUGGUUUUCACUGGC